GCGGGGGUGAGAAACGAGCACAGCUCAUGCAAGAUUUACAAGCAGGAGCUGGCCGUAUAAAUGCGCAAGACUCGAGGUCGUCGCUUUUGUGCUCAUAAUCACCUGAGAACCAAAAUAGUCCUCUACCUACGCUACGGGCCCCGAGCUAACAAGAAAAUUACUGUCCGAACACGCCAUAAGAAAAUCCGCAGUAGGCUCUUUUUCAGCAUGGUUGUUACAGGAUCCUGUGCGUGCGGAGCGCUGAAGUACCAGAUUGAUGCAGAACCGCCAUUCAAGAAGGCACUGUGCCACUGCGGCAACUGCCAAAAGCUCAGCGGGACGUCUUAUACGACGAACGUGCUCGUGCCUCGCACCAGUUUCAAACUCCUCUCAGGCACACCCAAGGACUGGUCGUUCACGCAAAACCCUUCCGGAAUUGUUUUCAAGACGUCAUUUUGCGGUGACUGUGGAGGCAUGAUCAUGAAGCAGAGCGAAGAUGAAGCGUUCAAGGAUGUCUACAUUGUGCAAGCUGGGACGGCCGACGGCGAUGCCUUCGCAGGAGCCCCGGAUGUAGAGCUUUGGGUGCCACAGAGGCAAGCCUGGGUUAAUGCUGUUCACGGCGCUGCCCAGGCGCAGACAUUCGCUUAGGCAAAUCAGUAUGACGAGCGUCUCGUGUGCAUAUCAUUCAGACAGCUUAAAGCUAGUCAUCUCCGGGUUUGAGGGUGUUUGCCAGCUGACUUGCCAUAUCAAAAUGUUGGUCUCAAAAAGUUCAAGGAGGGCGAGUCGAAAGUGCAUGAUUAUGGGAAAAAAUCAAGCAGUCUGGAGAGUGUCAGAUUUCGUAAUACAAAAAAU